AACAUUCCAGACACCUAAGACAACAUGGGGUCACCUAUCAGAGAAAUAAAGCCAAAUGAAAACUUACAGCACAACAUUGAUGAUGAAAAAACUCCUUUUACCAAAGAAGAAGCCAAUGGAAAUAGUAUUCAAGUAAAGAAGAUUGACGUGGAAGAUUGUGAAGACCUCUCUGAUAACAAAGAAAGUAUACUAACUAAACUAAAAAGUAAUGCCAUAUACAGGGAAAAAUAUCUUAUUUCAAUAGGAAUAACAUGGAGUUUCUUUGUUUUGGGUUGGGCUUAUGGUCAGUUUGGUCCAUCUAUCCUGGACCUAAGGAUCAUCACACACACAUCACUACAGGAGGCAUCUGGUUUUAUGACCAGUCAUUCGGUGGGGUACCUUGUGGGUUCCAUAAUAUCAGGAAUAAUUUUUGACAAAAUGAAAGAAAAGACAUAUUGUGUGUCCUCUUCUACUUUAGCAUUAGCUAUCAUUGUGGUUUUGAUACCAUGGUGUUCUUUUUAUGAACUGAUGAUUGGCAUCCAUGUGUUCAAAGGAAUGGCAGGAGGGGGACUAGACACAACUGGAAAUGCCCUUUUAAUAAGUCUAUGGAGAGCUGAGGGCAAGUCGUUUUUCCAGAGUAUACAUUUUGCCUAUGCUAUUGGUGGAGCAAUUUCGCCUUUUGUGACUGCCCCAUUUCUUGCCCCUGAUAAAAAUAAUAAUCAAACCGAGAGAGAUGUCUUCCGAAAUGCUAGUGUAACUGCCAAUCCUGUUACCAGCAAUUCGACGGGAUGGAAGUUUUCAGACUUGUCCAUGACAGAAUCCAGACUGUUUAUCCCCUUCUCGAUUACAACUUUUCUUGCAGUUACAGCAGCUCUACCAUUGUAUAUUCUGGCUUGCACAUCAAAAAGACCAACAGAUCUGGAAACGCAGAAACCUGAAAACGAAGAGAUCGAUAAAGAGAGAAAUGUGGAGAAAUUAUCAAGAGGAAUGAAGGUGCUAAUAUUAGCCAUCAUCAUGUUAUUUAUGGGUCUCUAUUGUGCCAUGGAAGAUGGCUUUAAUAAUUUUCUUGCCACUUUUUGUGUCACUGAAUUAAAAUGGACCAAAUACAUAGCUUCUGUGGCCACUGCAGUGUUUUGGGCGAGUUUCACGGCUGGACGAUUUCUUGGAAUAUUCCUGGCUCCCAUCUUUAAAACUGUAAAAAUGCUUGUCGUUCUGAGCACAUUUCUACUCGUAGGAUUUUUGGGUUUCUUCUUGACUGCCCAUUUCAAGAUUUACGAAGGGAUUUGGAUUUUUACAGGAUUUGUAGGAUUUUCAAUGUCAAUUAUUUUCCCCUCUAUUUUCUCGUGGACGGAAGAAUCCAUUCUGCCAGUCACAGGGUUCAUAGCUUCACUGUUUCUCAUUGCUUCAUCUGCAGGGUCAACAAUUAAUCCCAUUAUAAUAGGAUUUUUGAUGGACAAUUCCACUCCUAUGUGGUUUACUUACAUAAUGUUAGGGGAAUCUGCCAUUAUGUUGAUGGUAUUUUUCAUGGCCUGGACAUUUGCCAAAAGAAUUAAAAUUUCCAAGAACACAUUCAAGGAAGUCGAAAUUGAUGUUCGUUCAGAAGAUCACGAAGACACUGAAUGCAAGAAGUUUAUUGUUGAAAGUGAACUCAAUUAGGACUGUUUUUGAAAAUGAAAGCUAUCAUUCAAAUAGUACAAUUGCUACGCCUCGGGAAAUAGUUGCUGUCUUGGGGGACGAUAAAAUUGAUUUUAACCUCAUAGCCAGUAAAUAGGUUAUAUUAUUUCAUCCCCAUCAUACAUUUUAGAUUAAAAAAGCCAAAUUCACGUAUAAUUUAAGCUAUAAUUUAUUAUCCUGUGGCCUAGGAAGGCUGUUAUUUAGCUCAGUUGCACCAAAGGCUCAAGGAAGCUUUUCUGAUGGAAAAGUUAUGUUGUGAAUUGUUGUUGUCAUACAUGUAAUAUCUCACAGUUUCAUCUUCUUCAGAACAACUAGACCAAACCUUGCCAUAAAGCAUCCUUGUUCAAAAGGGAUUCAAGUUUGUUCCAACAAAAGGCAACAAACUCUUCCAAGGGGACCUAAUUCACAAAUAGUUAAAAUUGGGUAAAAGCGAAGAUAAAUUUUCUCUCAAGAACUUCUAGGCAAGAAAAUACGAAGCUAAUUUUAAUUGUGAGAUCACUAAUGUUGGAGGGGAUUUAAUUUUCGUGGUUUUUGAGGUAUGGAGAGACCCAAGAAUUUAUGAUCAUCACGAACUUUAAACUUUCAUAUACAUUACAUACAUUACUACUAGUAGUAUACAUUUUCCUUUACGAAAUUAAAUCCCAACAAACAUUUCUUUUUCUCAAAUUUCGAAAAAUUUAACUCCCUGAAAAUGUGUGAUUUUACAGUGCUGUAAUGAAACAUUUUGUUAUAUUAAGAUUGAAACAUUUUGUAUCAUAUUCUGAUUGAUUUAAAUAUUAGUUCUAAUGCAUAAUAUUGAAGUUGUCUUGUUCUUUGAUAAACAAAGCAUAAAUAAGUAAAGAAAAUUUGUACCAUACGUUUGUUGGGCUUUAAAAAGAUAUAUUCUUUGAUCAUUUUAAAAAAAAUAUCAACGUUUAUGAAUGAACAAGGUCUUGUUUACAUUUUACGAUUUAUAUUAUAAAUUUUAGUUAAUCUGUAGAAACCCCUAAUAUAUGAAAAAAAUCACACUUUAAGGUUUACUUUGAUACACCUUCUGUUAAUUUUCAGCGUAAUACCCAAAAACUUUGCUAAUGAGGCAA